AUGAGCUCACAUAAGAGCAGCGCGGCUCACACAGACAACACGUUGUUUACCGCCGCAGCAGUAAUUGUUAAAUGGAGCGUGUGCGGCGUGCCAUUGUUUCUGUUCCUGUUUACCGUGGACAUGCAGUGUUUAGACAGCAGCUCAAUCUGGUUUGUGUCCACGCUGGAGGUCCUUGUGUCACGCCAUCCUCUAAUGAGAUCCUAUAAACACACACGGAUCCUGUGGCAGUACAUCCACCUCCACAAAGAGAGCAUUCUUCAACCCCAACGAAAAGUCGACUCUGCGAUGUAA